AGAUUCAGUUUCUGCAGCAGAGCUUCAGUCCGUCUCUUAUCAGCAGCAGGUGUUACAGCUGGAAACUUCUAAACAGGAGAUUUCACUCUCUGCACCUAGGAAGGUUGAAGUUCCUCAUUGAAUGAAGGGAUGGACAUCUGGACAGCAGAGAAAAUAAUUAUUCUUGGCUUUCUGUUGAAAGGUGUUUGGUGUAGAGAUUUCAACAUCAGUCUGCCAGAGAAGAUUGAAGCUCUCAAUGGAUCCUGUGUGAUCAUAAAGUGCAGAUUUGAGAUUCAGGAACAAUAUGACAAAAACCUCACUGAGAAUGCUGCUACUGGACUGUGGCUCAAAGAUGGAGAUAACACUGAUAAGCAUCUAGUGUUUAACUCCAAGGAUCCCAAACCUAAUCACUUAGAUGGGAAAAUAACUGGAAAGCUACAUAAGAAGAACUGCACCACUAUCUUCUAUAAUGUUAGUUCAAAGCACACUGGUAGAUAUUACUUCAGGAUCGAAAGUGCUGGUUUGAAAUAUUUCUACCCUGUAAAUACCACUAUAAAUGUGUUAGACUCUCCCCCCAAACCCACAGUGCAGCUGUAUGUGGAGCAGAAGAAGGUGAAGGAUCAGAAGGAGGUGCAGCAUCAGGAGGAGGUACAGGAUCAGGAGGAGGUGAAGGAUCAGGAAGAGGUGUUGGAGGUGUUGGAGGGGAGCUCUGUGAGUCUGCGCUGCUCUGCUGAGACUCUCUGCUCCUCUCCUCCACCAACUCUCACAUGGAGCUCCACUCCCAGAAUCCCCCUCAGUGAGAGCAGCAGACGAGAGGAGCUCAUCUCUGAUCUGAACUUCACUGCUACUCACCGUCAGCACAGAGUCACUUUCACCUGCACUAUAACCUACCAGCUACAGGACCAGAACAAAACAGCACAGGACAGCAUCACAGUACAUCUUCAGUAUUCCCCUAAAAUCUUUUCAUCCUCCAGCUGUACCAGGACUGAUGUAACUGUGUGUUUCUGUGAGGCUGAUGGGAAUCCCUCUCCUGAACUGGAGUGGCAUCUGUCUGGACGUCCUGUCACUAACUCUUCAAACACGUUCAUCAGUGAAGAGCGAUUGAGCAGCACAGGCUUGAGGAGCUCCAUCUCUCUUCAUCAGUCUCUCACACACACAUCCACUCUGCAGUGUGUCAGCAGAAACAUUCAUGGCACUGCAAGUCAACUCUUUCAACUGCCUUCAUCUGUUCCAUGUUUGAAUCAUCUCUCCGUGCUGAUUGGAGCGGCUGUUUUUGUGGCUUUGGUGGUCAUAAUGAUGUUUGUCAUCAUAUAUACAUGUGUACGAUUGUCCACUAUGCAAAAGGCCCUGAAUGAGGCAGCAGGAACGUAUGCAUCUCUUCAGCUCUCUGCUCCACCCUCUGAAUAUGAGACUUUGAACAUUAAGAGAAGUGACACACAAUAAUAAACAAACAAACAUCUGAU